AUGCUGAGUGGCUCUGGCAACUCCUGUGGUUCAAGGUCGUUAGUCAUCCGCUGCUGCUGCAGGAGACACCGGAGCGCUGAGCCAGAGCUGUGCAUCCAACCCUCUUGGUCUGCCAGGCCAGCUAGGAUGAAGGAGUCUAGGCAAACAUUCCUUAAUUUAUUCUGCAUCCUCUGGCUCUUGCUGCUGCUGAAGACUGCCUCUUCCUCCCCUCUACCCCAUGGAAAAGACCCACGAGCCCCUUCACUCCCCUUUGGGCUGUACAAAGGACACACCUGUGUUGGAUGCGUGCUUGUGGUGUCUGUCAUCGAACAGCUUGCACAGUGGCACAACAGUACAGUAAAGGCAGCUGUGGAGAGACUGUGUGACUACAUACCUGAAAAACUGCAAGGUUUCUGUUAUGUGCUUGCUGAACUUUAUGGACCACACAUUGCUGAACUCAUAGACAGGGAAAUGAAUGCCGAUGUGGUUUGCCAUUCCUUGAGGCUGUGUAAACAGGAUCCAGGACAACCACUUUGUCAUCUCUACUCUCCUCCAAAGGUGGGACUGAGUGUUGCAAUAAGAAAAGCAAAAAGAAUUAUGAAGACUUCCAAGGACUUGAAAAGCUUCAUGGGCUUCUCAAGUGUAUGUGCAUUUCCUCUUCUGGCUAACCUGUGUGAGAAGAUUACAUAUGUUCUAAGAAAUAAACUGCCUUUUGAAGAUUUUGAUGGAGAUAAAUUUAGUACCUUCCCAACGUUGAGGGGCUAUCACUGGCGAGGCAGAGACUGCAACGACAAAAACACAACCGUGUACCCUGGCAGGCGUCCUGAUAAUUGGGAUGCAAAAAGUGACUCUAACUGCAAUGGCAUAUGGGGUGUGGAUCCAAAAGAUGGAAUUCCCUAUGAAGAGAAGUUCUGCAAAGGUGCAGACUCGAGAGGGGUCGUGCUCCUGGGAGACUCGGCCGGCGCUCACUUCCACAUCCCUCCCGAGUGGAUGACCGUCACACAGAUGUCAGCGAAAUCAUUUGCUAAUCUCCCCAUGGCUUUCAGUGAUGAGUUUGACUGGCCCCAGUUCUCAGAGAUCACUGGAUUUCUCAAUUCCACCAUCGGAGGGUGGACAGACUCUCUGUAUCUACGUUUACGCAAGAGAAAUCGCUGUAAUCACAGAGACUUGCAGAACAUUUCCCAGAAUGGCGGUUCUUCAGGAAAUCUCCUCUCUUUAAUAAAAAGUUUGGCCAGAAACCAGCUGUUGGACAAUCCAGCCAUAGUUAUCUAUGCUACAAUUGGGAAUGAUGUCUGCAAUGGGGAACGUGACACACUGGCCCACAUGACCACACCCAAAGAAAUGCUCUCCAAUGUGGUGCAAGCUCUGGGAUACCUGGACUCCCGUCUUCCAAAUGGCAGCCAUGUGAUUUUGACAGGCUUGGUGGAUGGUCGCUUCCUCUGGGAUAACCUGCACGACAGAUACCAUCCUCUAGGACAACUGAACAAGGAUGUCACAUACAGUCAACUCUACUCUUUCCUCGACUGCCUCCAGGUGAGCCCCUGCAGCGGCUGGCUGACCCCCAAUGAGACCCUGAGGAAUCUGACCUCGGAGAGAGCGUUACAACUUUCCAAUGUCCUGAAAGAAAUAGCAAGAUCUGAGAAAUUUGCCAACUUUGAUAUUUUCUACAUGGAUUUCCCACUGAGACAAACGGCCGAGGAGUGGCGCAAGAUGGGAGGUGAGCCCUGGCAGCUGAUCGAACCAGUCGAUGGCUUCCACCCCAGCCAGAUUGCUGCAGCCCUUGGAACAGGCAUUACCUGGCAGAAGGCACUACACGAGUGGCCUCAAGUGCUUGGCAAGGAGAAUCCAUUCAAUGAUCAGAUUGAAGCCAUAUUCAAAGAUCAAGGUGGACACUGACUUCCGAACUGCUGGAACCCUCACACAAUUGGUGACGGCACUUCCACGAGUCAAGAUGAUUGAAAACACACACAAAAAUAGGUGGAGAGGAAGUUAUCAGAGCCAGCAGCAGUGGACAUAACACAAGAGCAUUAUUUUAAGUUUGUAUCUCACCUGCACAAGUAGGCUAUGCUUUUUCUGUGGAGCUACAAAAAUAAAAAUCAA